AUGCAAUACAAAUAUUUAAAAAGGGGCGGGUACUCGUUUGGAUUCGUUUCCAUAUGCCUGUGUCAUGUUCUGAUAACGGACAUGAUAAGGUUACCUGGUUUACUAAUAUCCUGUCGCACACACCGACAUUUGACCAUCUUUCGUCACACACUCGUUCAAGUCUGCCACAGAGAACCAAUCAUGCUGAUUAAAGAAUUCCGGAUUCCAAUGCCGCUUUCUGUCGACGAGUAUCAGUAUGGUCAGCUGUAUGCGUUCUCUGUGGAAAGCUUGAACAAUACUGGUGGCGGAGAAGGAAUCGAAGUCAUUCGAUCUGAACCGUUCAAGGAUGUUCCCAUGAAUAACGCAAGUCACAGCGGCCAGUACACAUACAAAAUUUAUCACAUGGGCAGCAAAGCCCCAGGUUUCGUCAAAGCAUUUAUGCCAAAAGGAUGCCUGGAAUUUCACGAAGAGUCCUGGAACGCAUAUCCGUAUUCUAAAACUGUUAUUACGAAUCCCAAGUUUAUGAAGGAGAAUUUCCAAGUGACAAUCGAAUCAGUUCAUCACGCCGGCGGACCCAACGUUGAAAAUAUCUUAAAUUUGUCUGAAGAAGCGUUGAAGAUGAGAGAAGUCGUACACAUUGACAUCGCCAACGAUAGGAUAUCUUCGAAAGACUACAAGGCCGAGUUAGAUCCGACAAUCUACCGUUCAAAAAAGACCGGACGGGGACCGUUAGAAGGAACGUGGCAAAAAUCAAAACCGUUAAUGACAUGUUAUAAACUAGUGACGGUUGAAUUCAAAUGGUUCGGACUUCAGGGACGGGUGGAAAACCACAUUAUGAACACUGAGCAAAGAAUCUUUACCCUCUUUCAUCGCCAAAUCUUUUGUUUGUUGGACGAUUGGUGUCAAAUGACCAUGGAAGACAUUCGCAAAUUUGAAGACCAAGUAAAAAAGGAACUCGAUAAACAAUUGAAACAAGGAGAACCUCGUGGAAUGACAGCGGAAUGAGAGGAAAAUACGAAAGAACUCCUACCUUUAUUAUUAUUUCCAGUGUAGUCUGAAGUAUGCUGCCUCACCUCUGUAUUGUCUUCUUCCUUUUCAGUGACGUACUUUAGCACUUUGCUGUUUUAUUGUGUUAGUAUGA